AUGGAUUCAUUCGAGGCUGCUCUGAAGACUCUAGUCUUGGCUGGAGCAACGAUCGUGGAUAAUCCCAACUUCCAAGGGGCGAAAGAGCUGAAAAACCUGAAGGCACAAGUCAAAAAUAUUUUCCAAUUGACGAAGUUGAAAGAAGACGCUUUCAGAUGCCUAACAGGAUCGGGGAAUGACCCCAGCAACCCUCAGAAUGCGCAACGCGUGUAUGAUACUGUCAGGAGACGCCAAAGCGAGGAGCCCAUAGAAAGAGAAUUCAAUAAGAUACUAUGCACUCGCACAACCCGUAUCCCUGCAGAAGAUGAGGAAUACACAAAGAUACUCGAGAAAGCCCUCAUCAUCGCAAAGCAUCAAGGCAUUUCGGCAACUAUGAGAGAGCACCACUUCGAUAUGUUCGUUAUUCCAUCAUCUGAUGAGGACAUGGCACUCGAGCUUGUUGCGCAGGAGAAUGCUCCGGUGAUGUCUGUGCCCCUUGGAUACUUCCCAGACGGCUUCCAGCCCUGGAGGGUAAAUAUACCGAUGAAAUCCGCCCUAAAAGACCGUAAGUAUGACUCGACAAAGAUUGAGAUGUCCUAUAGCAAUUACUUACUUCAUGUAAAUAUAUUUUGUUGUUCAUCGGAGGUCCAGUCACCUGUGGACAAGGCUUUGUGGCCUGUGGCUCAUGCCUUUGAGCAGUUGACUGCUGUGCGAGGCCAGGAACCAGGCCCCAGAAGGCCGCUCCCGAAAACGGAAUUGAUAGACGUUCAACCCCUCAUCGGCGAUAUGAGCGAGCUUCAAAUCGAUCGAACAGAAAAACCUGUCCCCGUUUCCCCUUUCUUGUCCUAG